AUGACGAAGGCUCUGCAGUCUCAAGCCCAUCAUCAUCUCCCGGGGUUGCAAGAACGGCCUCCCAGAUCCAGUGGUGUAUAUACAGGCAGCGAAUCCACGGAGCUCAGCCUGCAAAAGCCAACAGAACCGCAGGACCUUUGGGAGGCUGGGAAAAGAGGCACAGUCCAGCAGGCCCUUUUACAUUUUAACUGGUCAAACUCAUAUCUUGGCGCCACACACCUCAGAGCCUUAACCCUCAGCGCCACGAUUCUCGGCGCCACGAACUCGCCUAGCUACAACUUGUUAAUAUACUAUCGAUUUACUGGUGUUCCAUUUGUUUAUAUUUCCCCGAUUUCAGUUAUUUUACAGGAGAGUCAGCUGAAUCAGGAGAGUCAGCAGAAUCAGGAGUCAGCAGAAGUAAGAGAGUCAGCAGAAUCAGGAGAGUCAGCAAAUUCAGAAGAGACAGCAGAAUCAGGAGAGUCAUCAGAAUCAGAAAAGUCAGCAGAAUCAGGAGAGUCAGCAGAAUCACAAGAGUCAGCAGAAUCAGGAGAGUCAGCAAAUUCAGAAGAGACAGCAGAAUCAGGAGAGUCAUCAGAAUCAGGAGAGUCAGCAGAAUCAGGAGAGUCAGCAGAAUCACAAGAGUCAGCAGAAUCAGGAGAGUCAGCAGAAUCAGGAGAGUCAGCAGAAUCAGGAGAGUCAGCAGAAUCAGGAGAGUUAGCAGAAUCAGGAGAGUCAGCAUAAUCAGGAGAGUCAGCAUAAUCAGAAAAGUUAUCAGAGUCAGGAGAACAGCAUAAUCAGGAGAGUCAGCGGAAUCAGGAGUCAGCAGAAUCAGGAGAGUCAGCAGAAUCAGGAGAGUUAGCAGAAUCAGGAGAGUCAGCAGAAUCAGGAGAGUCAGCGGAAUCAGGAGAGUCAGCGGAAUCAGGAGAUUCAGCAGAAUCAGCAGAAUCAGGAGAGUCAAAGGAAUCAGGAGAGUCAGCAGAAUCAGAAAAUACAGCAGAAUCAGGAGAGUCGGUGGAAUCCGGAGAACAGCAGACUCAAGAGAGUCAGCAGAAUCAGGAGAGUCAUCAGAAUCAGGAGAGUCAUCAGAAUCAGGAGAGUCAGCAGAAUCAGGAGAGACAGCAGAAUCAGGAGAGUCAGCAGAAUCAGGAGAGUCAGCAGAAUCAGGAGAGACAGCAGAAUCAGGAGAGUCAGCAGAAUCAGGAGAAUCAGCAGAAUCAGAAAAGUCAGUGGAAUCAGGAGAUUCAGCAGAAUCAGGAGAAUGAACAGAAUCAGGAGAGUCAGCAGAAUCAGGAGAGUCAGCUGAAUCAGAGGAGUCAGCAGAAUCAGGAGAGUCAGCAGAAUCAGGAGAGAGAGUCAUCAGAAUCAGGGGAAUCUGUAGAAUCGGAAGAGUCAUCAGAAUCAGGAGAGUCAUCAGAAUCAGAAAAGUCAGCAGAAUCAGGAGAGUCAGCAGAAUCAGAAAAAAACAGCGGAAUCAGGGGAGUCAUCAGAAUCAGGAGACAGAAUCGGGAGAGUCAUCAGAAUCAGGAGAGUCAGCAGAAUCAGGAGAGUCAGCAGAAUCAGGAGAGUCAGCAGAAUCAGGAGAGUCAUCAGAAUCAGGAGAGUCAGCAGAAUCAGGAGAGUCAGCAGAAUCAGGAGAGUCAGCAGAAUCAGAAAAGUCAGAAGAAUCAGGAGAGUCAGCAGAAUCAGAAAAAAACAGCGGAAUCAGGGGAGUCAUCAGAAUCAGGAGAGUCUGCAGAAUCAGGAGAGUCAGCAGAAUCAGAAAAAGCAGCAGAAUCAGGAGAGUCAUCAGAAUCAGGAGAGUCAGCAGAAUCAGGAGAGUCUGCAGAAUCAGGAGAGUCAGCAGAAUCAGGAGAGUCAGCAGAAUCAGGAGAGUCAGCAGAAUCAGGCGAGUCUGCAGAAUCAGGAGAGUCAGCAGAAACAGGAGAGUCAGCAGAAUUAACUGAAUCAAACUCAGCAGAUAGGAGUCAGCAGCUCCGCCCGCCCCAUCCCUCACCUCAAGCUGCUGCCGCUGCCGGUGCUCAUCCACAGGCUGACAAAUUAGAUGCUUACCCGGACAUGUUUUAUGAUGGUUGA